CCUGAUUCCUCUUAUGAAAGCGGUCAUACGCUCCCUUAUAUCUUUCUUUUUCCUCUUUUCUUCUAUUUCAUCUCAUUUUCCCCCUCUAUCUCUAAGUUGGCUGUGAGUGGGGCCCCACCUGUGAUUCAGCUGGGCCAACUUAGCUUGCAGAAACACGAAGAAAGGGGCGAGCAUCCUUCAAGAAGCUCCUUGUAACUUUCGUGUAGCUGAACCUCCUCACGAUGGGCUGCUUCGCAUGGUGCUAAGUGGAGCACUUUUAUUUCUCGGUUCUCUGCGCAGCCGCUAGUUCGCAAACAUGGCGGUCCGGGCUGUUAUGUCUACACGCGCUCUCCUGUUUCUAUGCAGUCUCUCCUUAGCUGCCGCCGUUCAAGUCACUGACUUCUUGCCGCUUCUUCCGCAUCCAUACAAUCUACAGGCUUUGCAGGCAACUAGUCUCGGGGACCCCAUUUCAAUCCUACCAAAGUACGUCGGUUCCCUGAUCCCUGGAAAGGAGGUGGCAUGGAACGGGUCAUGCUUUAAGAGCACCACAGCAUUCAUCAACCUCACGGAGCCUGUCAAGAACGGAAGUCUGGGGGGUGGCGUGGUCCAUGUCAUUGUGGAAGGCCCAAAGAGCUACACGUGCAUCGACAUCUACGUCUUCGGCACCCCGUACCGUCUCAUGUGGGACUGGUAUUUUCUGGGGCGCCAUCACACGGAAACCGUGAGCGAAUGGCACGAGGGCGAGCGGGAGUUUGUCGAGACGCGGGGGCUGUCAGUGUUUUUGAUGCCGGCCGGGAUGCUCGGGACGCUCAAGUCGAUGUGGGACGUCUUCCCGCUCUUUGCAAACACGGGCUUUGGUGAGAGUGCCAAUAUUGCUUUCCUUGAGCGCCGCAUGGGCACGCCUUUCGUGAAACGCACGCCCCCCCUCUCGCCCGCAAUUAACGCGAGCGACAUCCGCUCAGGCGACUUUCUGGCGCUGUCCAAGAUUCGCGGCCGGUGGGGGGGUUUCGAAACGCUGCAGAAGUGGGUUACGGGAGCGUAUGCGGGACACACAGCGGUGGCGCUGAGAGAUGACAAGGAUGACUUGUGGGUGAUCGAGGGGGGGCAGCCAGACGAACAGGGCAAGGAAAUCAUCGUCUCCUGGAAGUGGGACGACUGGUGGCAAAUGAACCUCAAGGACCCCUCAGACCCGCAUGUCGCUCUACUGCCCCUCCGGAGUGAUCUGCGGGCCACUUUCAAUGAGACGGCCGCCUGGGAGUACGUCCGUUCGAUGCUCGGACGUCCAUACGGCUUCCACAACAUGAUCUUCAGUUGGAUCGACACCGAACGCGACAACUACCCAACGCCGAUGGACGCACACCUAGUUGCGUCCUUCAUCACCAUGUGGGAGCGGAUCCAACCCGACUACGUGGCAAACAUGUGGAACGAGGCACUAAAUAAGCGCCUCGGAACGGACGGCCUGGAUCUGCCGGAGAUCCUGGUGGAGUGCGUGCGGCGGGGGAUGAGUUUCGGCGCCUUGCUGGCGCUCCCGGAGGAUGACACGUGGCUGUACAGCGACGGGCCGAGCGUCACGUGCGACGUGCUGGUGCUGAUGAUGUAUAAGCGGGCGGGCGUGUUUGGGGAGCUGGCGGAUAAGAUCAUGGCGACGGAAUUCCAAGUACGGGACACGUACAUGCUCAAGAUCUACGAAGAGGACGAGACGUUGUUACCAUCGUGGUGUCGUGGAACUGAUGACCCGCCGUUCCCCUAUUGCCAGCUGCUAGGAAAGUAUAGAUUAGAUCUGCCUCUGUUCAAUACGAUCGCCCCGUACGCGCACAUGAAUGAGCGGUGCCCUAGCAUGGCUCCGCUGUACGACCGACCAACCGGUUGCUGACGGGGCUCUUUUUGUGAGUAGCUCGGGUCGUCGUCGAAGCUGAUUGAGGUGUACAUAACCGGUGCUCGAAGGUGAUUCUUUAGGUUUGCUCGACGUAGAAAGAUGGUGUCGACACUAAGUUUGUAUCCCAGUUUGAGCUAUCUGCACGCCUGUAGUAUAGCUUUAGCAUGUACCAGCUACAACUUGGUAUUGAUUGUUUGUUCACAUUCCAGUUAUUGCGUGCACAGUAAGUGUGUGGUCGGAUGAUUAUGUCUCGAUCGCCUUUACUAAG